CUCGGACCCGCGUCUGUCCUCGUCCUGCUGCCGGGACAUGUCCGGUCAUGUUGGACCUAACGGGGGCUGGAACCUGUCUUUCGCCGGCUGCGGGUUCCUGGGGAUUUACCACAUCGGAGUUGCCAGCUGUUUGCUGGAAAAACCGCCGUUUCUCAUCAAAGGGGCAAUGAAACUGUCCGGAGCCUCCGCCGGUGCGCUGACUGCCUCAGUGCUCGCGAGCCAGGCAUCAAUCACUAAAUGCUGUGAAGAUGUGAUUAAGGUGGCAAAGGAGGCCAGGAAGAGGAAUCUUGGACCCUUACAUCCUACCUUCAACCUGGUCAAAGUGAUAAAGUCGGGCCUGAACCGUGAUCUGCCAUCUGAUGCACAUGUCGUGGCGUCAGGGCGGCUGUGCAUCUCACUGACCAGAGUGUCUGACGGGGAAAACGUGCUGGUGUCGGACUUCAGCUCCAAAGAGGAGCUCGUCCAGGCGUUGGUCUGUAGCUGUUUCAUUCCCGUGUACUGUGGCCUGAUUCCUCCGUCCUUCAGAGGAGUGCGCUAUGUGGACGGAGGGAUUAGUGAUAACCUGCCGCAGUCGGAGCUGAAGAACACUAUCACCAUCUCUCCAUUCGUUGGAGAUGACAUCUGUCCCCGGGACAAUUCCACCAGCUUCCACGAGCUACGUUUCACCAACAUGAGCAUCCAAAUGAAUUUGGUAAACGUGUUCCGCCUCAGCAGGGCACUGGUUCCACCAGAGGUCUGGAGGUUACCGGCUGAGAGCGAUGGCGUGGCACAGCUGGGAACCCGUUGCAACCUGGAUCCAACCCAGAGGAACACGGAGGUUCUUCAGGAGGGAAACAGCAGAUAUGGGGCGGAGCCCAAGUGCAGCUUGACAGCUGGGAGCAGAGCCCUGACGUCACACACAGCAGACGCACCCAACACCAGCAACUUCACCCAGCAGCUCCACCUCAGCUUCACCUGUAAACAGAGACAAAAGCAGCCAGCAGACCAAGCAGGACCAGGGGAAAACUACAACAAAACCACAGCAAAGCUGCCUCAAGCACAACACAUAAUCACGUGGGACGUUGUUUUUAAAAUGUCCACGGACGGAGUGACGAAGGAUGGAGACGAAGAGUUCCCGAGGUUCGUGUCUUUACACGCGGCGGCGCUGCGCAGCGCAGGAGUUCCAGACUUCUACUGGAGGAGCAUCCAGCGGAAAAUCAACGAGCAG